CUAGUUGUCUGCAGGCAAAGAUGGCGGUGCGGAAGAAAGACGGCGGCCCGAAUGUAAAAUAUUUCGAAGCGUCUGAUACCGUUUCACAGUUUGAUAAUGUCCGCGUCUGGCUGGGAAAGAAUUACAAAAAGUACAUCCAGGCUGAGCCCCCCACCAACAAGUCUCUCUCCAGUCUGGUGGUUCAAUUGCUGCAGUUCCAGGAAGAGGUGUUCGGUCGGCACGUCAGCAACCCUCCACUCACCAAGCUGCCAAUGAAAUGUUUCCUGGACUUCAAGUCAGGAGGGGCUCUGUGCCACAUCCUGGCUGCUGCCUACAAGUUCAAGAGUGACCAAGGAUGGCGCAGGUUUGACUUCCAGAAUCCUUCGAGGAUGGACCGAAAUGUGGAGAUGUUCAUGACCAUUGAGAAGUCCUUAGUGCAGAACAACUGCUUGACUAGACCUGUCAUCUACCUGAGUCCUGACAUUGAGCCUAAACUGUUAGGGAAACUGAAAGACAUCAUCAAAAGACAUCAGGGCUCAGUGACUGAGGACAAGGCCUCCAGCUCCCAUGUUGUUGUGCCUAUUCCUACCAGUCUGGAGGAAGAGGAGUGGGUGCGUCCUGUGAUGAAGCGAGACAAGCAAGUGCUCCUCCACUGGGGAUAUUUUCCUGACAGUUAUGACACCUGGAUCCCAGCCAGUGAAAUUGAGGCAGCAGUGGAGGAUCCUCCCAGCCCCGAAAAGCCCAGGAAGGUUCAUGCAAAGUGGAUUUUAGACCUGGACCAGUAUAAUGAGUGGAUGAACGAGGAGGACUACGAGGUGGGAGAGGGCUGCCCAAAAAGGAAAAGGAUUUCAGCCAAGACCCUGACAGAUGAGGUGACCACGCCUGAUGAGCGGAGGGACAAGAAACCCGGCAGUGCCAAGAAGAGGAAGCGUUCGCCAUCGCCGUCUCCCACCCCUCCACCUCAAGAGAGCAAGAAGAAGAACACCAAGAAAGGGCCAACGACCCCGUACACCAAGUCUAAACGGGGCCAGAGGGAGGAGGAACAGGAGGAUCUGUCCAAGGAUUUGGAUGAAGCGUCACCUAUUCCUGCGACUGAAGAGGGAAACCCAGCAAAGACAAAUAACACAAAGAAGGACUCUGAUUCAACCCCAGUCAAAGGGGGGACAGAUAUGGAUGAGCAGGAGGAUGAAUCCAUGGAAACGACAGGAAAAGAGGAGGAAGCAGGUUCUCCGAGUGUGAAGGGAGAACCAGUGAAGGGCUCAGACCUGCACGAGGACAACGUGACAGAGCAAACCCACCACAUCAUCAUACCGAGCUACGCCGCCUGGUUCGACUACAACAGCGUUCACGCCAUUGAGCGCAGAGCCCUGCCAGAGUUUUUCAAUGGGAAGAACAAAUCCAAAACUCCAGAGAUUUAUUUGGCAUACAGGAACUUCAUGAUCGACACCUACCGACUGAACCCUCAGGAGUACCUGACCUCCACUGCCUGCCGUAGGAACCUGGCGGGGGAUGUGUGCGCUAUCAUGAGAGUCCACGCCUUUCUGGAGCAGUGGGGUCUUAUCAAUUACCAGGUGGACUCUGAGAGCCGGCCUACACCCAUGGGUCCCCCACCCACCUCUCACUUCCAUGUCUUGGCUGACACCCCAUCCAGCCUGGUGCCCCUGCAGCCCAAGACGUCUCAGGUACAUAAACAUUCACACGCAAACACUCACAUAGAAGCACAGAUUGUAGGUUAUUUCACAUUUGUUCCUUUGUCACUGCAGACCCCUGCUACGCAGCAGAUGAUACCGUUCCCAGAUAAAGUGAAGGACAAGCCGGCAGACCUGCAAAACUUUGGGCUGCGGACUGACAUGUACACCAAGAAGACUGGCUCUGUAAAGAGCAAAAGUGCAGCAAGCUCUAUGAGGGAGUGGACAGAGCAAGAGACACUACUACUACUUGAGGGUUUGGAGAUGUACAAAGAUGACUGGAAUAAGGUGUCUGAACAUGUGGGCAGCCGUACACAGGAUGAGUGCAUCCUGCACUUCUUGCGGUUGCCCAUUGAAGACCCAUACUUAGAGGACACCUCCUCAACCCUGGGCCCAUUGGCCUACCAGCCGAUACCUUUCAGCCAAGCAGGAAACCCUGUCAUGAGCACCGUGGCCUUCCUCGCCUCCGUCGUUGACCCGCGCGUGGCCUCAGCCGCUGCCAAAUCUGCACUCGAGGAAUUUUCUCGUAUGAAGGAGGAGGUUCCAGCAGCGCUUGUUGAGGCCCAUGUGCGGCGGGUGGAGGAAGCAGCAAGGGUCAGCGGUCGACAGGACCCUUUGUAUGGGCUGGAGGGUAGUGGCAUCGCAGGCACUGGCCUAGAGGAAGGAGAAAGGCCAGAGGAAAGCAGUGAUGAAAGUAAGAGUGACAGCCAAUCAAAUGAGGAGAAGAGAGAAGCCAAGGACAGCAAAGAUGGAGCAAUUGAGGAAGAGGAGAAGCAGGCAGAGAAUGGGAAGAAGGAAGAAGAAAGAGGAAGGGAAGCUGAGGGAGAGAGGGAGGCGGACAAAACGGAGUCUGAGAUGGGCGAUGGUGAGAAGGAGAAGGAUGGAAAAGAGGGAACAGAGGAGGGACAAAGAGAAGGGGACAGUGAGGGAGAAAGGAAGGCAAAGGUGGAACGUGAUGUCGGAGAGGGGAACCUGGCAACUGCUGCUGCCUCUGCUCUAGCAGCUGCUGCUGUCAAAGCCAAGCAUCUUGCUGCAGUGGAAGAGAGAAAGAUCAAAUCUCUGGUGGCUCUCCUGGUGGAGACUCAGAUGAAGAAGCUUGAGAUCAAACUGCGGCACUUUGAAGAACUGGAAACCAUCAUGGACAGAGAGCGGGAGGCUUUGGAAUACCAGCGUCAGCAGCUUCUGGCUGACCGUCAGUCCUUCCACAUGGAGCAGCUGAAAUACGCUGAAAUGAGGGCUCGCCAGCAGCACUUCCAGCAGAUUCAGCACCAGCAGCACAGCCAGACUGGGGGCCCUCACACCAACCAGGCGACGCCAGGGCCCCAGCCCCAAGGCUUGGCUGCAACUCAGCAAGCCCCCACCACACCAGCGCCUCAGCCAGCCCCAAGCCCCGCACCACAAGCUUCUUCAGCCCCAGCUCCAGAGUCCCAAACACCUACAGGUGCUCACACCUCCCCCCCUUGCCCGCCAGGCCAGGCCCUGCCUCCUCACUCCAGCUCGAGCACUACACCUGUACUCCACGAGCCUAGCGCCCCUAUUCCCGGAGAGACGCUCCAUGCCUCAGCUCCAGUACCUCCCCCACAAUGAGAGAAAAACAAAUAGCUUGAAAAUCUGAACGACUCUGACCACUUUGAGUCCUGCCUGUAUCAUAUAAAAAUGAAGAAGUCAUCAACCGAAGGAAGAGAACACAUUUUGAUUUUUUUUCCCAACAAGUCAGCUGAUGUGAAAAAAACAAAACAUACAGCCACAUCUAAAUCAGUCCGCCUCUACAUUGACUAACUGUUGAAAAAGAAGUCCUUUUCAGAAAAUGGAUUUUUUUAUCCUGUUUGGUCGACUAGAGAGCAACAUCUCACUUCAUAGUUUUAAUCAUUACCACCAGAGAUCUGGUAAACUUAGACGGUCUUACCAACAUGCUGGCACUCAAGGAGAAGAAGAGAAAAGACUCAUCUUGUGUUUUCAGUGUUUUGGAAAUUGUUGCAUUUAUUUUCCUGCAACAGUUUGUUACAGCUUGUGAAGGGUCUUCAUGAGCUCUCCAGAAGUCCCUCCCCAUCCCCCGUCCCCACCGUACUAUAGGUACUAAUUCAAUUAUAUGUAAGGAGGAAAAAAAAGCACUUUUAAUGUUUCCCUAGGUCUUAUUGAAAGACUUGAAGCAUCCAUGAAAUUGAACUUCAGCACUUACAUCUUCCUUUUGUUGUCUUAAAUACUUUUGCUAUGAUUCGGAAAUGUUCCGUUUUAUUUCUUACUUGUGUUAACAUGGACAUAUGGUCACUCCAAAGAGUUUGGCCUGAAGGUUACAUGUUUAAAACCAAUGAAAAUCUUUAAUGAAUGAAAACAAUUUGAAUCCAUUAGCCAGUUUGAAAUUACAGUGACUUAGUUCGCAUGCAGUUUGAGAAGAUGUACUGUAAACUGGAUUUGUCUGUUACAAACGCACCCUUUUGUUACCCAAUAAUAAUAAUAGGGGGAACGGUUUAAAAAGUACUGACAGCUUGAGGUCCUGAAAAGACCUCCUUUUAAAUAUCUGAUUGUUAUAUUUCCAACACAUUUCAAUAGCACUUAGAAGAAAACAUGUCAGUGUUGAGCUUUUUUUUUGGAUGAGCUCAAAGCAUCCAAGCUGUAGUUCUGUGAGGAAUGUAGUUAUGUUCGAAAAAAGGAAAGUCUGGGAAUAAUACUGUAAGUCUAUCAACGACCACAUAUGUGUUUUUUCUCCGAAUCUAUCUGUGUUAAUUGCUAAACCAAAAUGUUUUUUUAUAAUCAUGUUUAUCUCACAUUUAUUCCGUGAGUUUUAUUAUGGUUGCCUGGGAACUGAAGAGGAUUUUUGACAUUUCAAAAUAAAGCUGGAGGAAACCUUAAUGCUGUCAAAGAUGAAGGGAGCACCUUAAACAGCUGACAACGGAGAAUUGUGUCCUUAAUAUCUGCAACAAUAUCCUCACUUUUUAUCCUAUCGAUUUUUAUAUUUUUUACUGUCCAUUUUUUCCAUCUUCUUUCUUUGGCUAUGUCGACAUUGUAACAGUGUAUUAUUAUUACCUUUGUAGCCUAUAUUUACCCUCUCCACCGAAGUGUGUGAUUUGGACAGGUCUGCUGGAUCUGCCCGAGGUGUGACUGUGAGCAUGUGUCUAUGUGAACGCAUGCCAUUUUGACCCGUAAACCAUAUUACCAAUCAGUUUUAUUUUCAGUGCCAUCUGUCGUGUGUUUGGAGUGUGAAGAAUUUCAACUGAAAAAAGAUUAAAAAAAUCAUGACCACAUCGACAUAUAAUACAGUCAGGUGGUGAAAAUUUAGUGUACCGUCAAGCCAGUAUUGCUGUCCUCACCGCAGCUGUGAGCAUACAUGGACUUCUUCUUUUAUCCGUGUUAUUAUUACAUUGUGUGGAUUUUGUGAUAUGAAAUAAGUGUCCGUUCCGGUUUCUGUAUGUUUUUCACUAUGCUGAAGGUAGCAGCAAUCGAUUAUUAUCCAGUAGAAAUCAUUUUCCUCACUGCAUCAUCGCAUUAGUGCUGACAGUUACUCUGGCAGUUUGUAUUAAUAAUAAUAAAAAAUGAUAAUAAUAAAAAAUGUCAAAACAGAACAGGUUUUAAUUACAAAAAUGUUGGAGGGGGAAUAAAGAUGUGAAGAGGA